ACAUAUUCUUUGACUCUGCUCUGGCAGAGUAUAUCUAUCAGCAGUUCCUAGUGUUAUGAAAGUGUAGUUUGGAAAACGCAUUUGAUUCCGCAAAUUUAUAAAUAAAAACAAAAUGCCCGGAUUAGAACCGAAUUCAAAUAGUGCUGACAAAGCUGUACCGUGUAGAACAUGUACGGAUUUCAAGUCAUGGGCAAAGAAGCAAAAUGUUUUAUUUGGCUCAAACGCCGGGGAUCAGAAUGCAGGACAGACCAGUAAGCCUACGGAAACGACUACAUUGAAUUCUAGCGAGAGACAUGGCUGUCCAUACGACAAGGAUGAUCUCGGCCGAUCCACCUGGGGCUUUCUACAUACGAUGGCCGCAAAUUAUCCGGAUGUACCGAACAAGGAGGAUGUUAGCAAUGUGUCAUCAUUUUUCAGUAUUUUCGCCAAAGUGUAUCCAUGCGAUAUGUGCGCAAAAGAUUUUCAGAAAGAGUUAGCCAAUGAGCCCAUUGAGGCGACGUCACAGCACUCACUGUCGCAAUGGCUGUGCCGGAUGCAUAAUAAAGUGAAUAGCAAAUUGGGCAAACCUCUUUUCGAUUGUCGAUUAGUGAAUGAACGGUGGCGAGAUGGUUGGAAAGAUGGAUCGUGCGAUUGAUGGAAAUGCGAGUGGACCAAUGUGAUAUAUGUUUAAAAUGAAAUUUCUGUUUUUGAUAGUAAAAAUCAAAAUUUGUUGAUUUUGUAAUGAGA